UCAAAUCUAGUUUUCAAACGUAUCACAGCUUGUUUGUGGCAUUCACUGUUUAAAAAAAAAAAUGAAAAACUCGAACAAAAUCGAUUUCAUCACGAAAACGUUUUGAACAAAUUGCUUUUCAUCGAUAGUUUUGUGCAAAAGUGUUGGUUUUUAAUUUUGUUUUGAGUUCAUUUUGACGGGAAAAAAUGUAAAAAUGGUGCGAAAGUAUGGAAAUAAAACCAAGCAAAAGAGUCAACCGGCGAAGAGUACACGAACGAAAAAAGGAAAAAAAGUUUCAAAUGUGGCUAGCCCACAAACCAUUUCGUCAUCGUCGGACCUCGAUUACACAUUACCCGAAGGAAACCAUCUUGACUCAUUUGAUCUCUUUCGAUUGAACCAAGUACAUACGUUAAAAGAGAAAAAAGUUUUAAAGAAAGAUGUACGAGCAUCAUUCAAUCGAGACAGUAGCAUUGAUGCGGACUCAGAUGAUUCGUCGAUGCAAGUAUCGAUACAGGUAUCGACUGUGGAAGAAUCCAUUGACAGUGAAGAUGAAGAAAAUGUGGACCCAAGGAAUUCUGAGGAAAGUCUUCCGUUACAGGAGUCCAUAAAUUCUUGGAAUAGUUUUCGAUUCAGUGCAAAUACACGGGCACGACGACAGCAAGAGAAAGCUAGAUUGAAAGAAUUACAACCAAAACGACCGCCAACAAAUUAUCUGAAUUUAAAACCGGCAUUUCAUGUGUCACCACUUGAUAAGUAUUUAAGGCCACACUUAACACCACAAUUCACGCACACCUCGACACCCGAAAAAUUCUUUUCCGAAGCAAAUUUGAGUAGCAUUCAUAACGCGACUGAUGAGUCUGCUGUAAAAUUGCCUGAAAACGAAAAGCCAAAUAUCAGCCAAGCUGAAACAACAAAGCCAUCGUUUAUUCAUCCAGCAGUGUUUGUUGCCCACCGACGUCCAAAACCAAUGCCUGGACGGCAUUUGACGUUUUCGUCAGUCGAACGGACACAAAUGGAAAAGAAUGAUGACGAAAUGAUGGACAAUUCAACAGCGUCGACCAGCAUUGUCAGUGUAAUGGAUAUGAGUAGUAUACUUGGAUGCGAACACGAGGAGAAUGCGCAACUUUCGGACGAAAGUGUUGACAAUGCAUCUUCAAUUAACGAAUUAAAUACAUCACAUACAAAUAAUAAGACUGAAGACAAUAUUGAAAAGACUAAAAAUAGCAAGCAAUUUAUUUCUAAUCAAUUAACUAAUAUAAAUAUUUCGGCCGCAAUUGUGGCAAAUGAUAGCCUAAGUUCGUUUGAAAGUAAUGUUGAAAAUGAUAUGGCCUCCAAAAGUCUAUUGAAUCAAUGUCACAACGAUGUGUCUAGUGAUGCAGUUAUUUCGGUAUCAUCGUCGUCGACAACAAAUUCACCAACGACAACAAUAGCUAAAGUCAGUAUCAAGCCUCGGGUUGGUUUCGAUGCAUCUAAUUCCAUUCAUGAAUUGAGCAUGGUCUCAGAACAAAAUAUAUCUAGUCAAAAAAUUGUGAUGAAAGGUGGAAAAUGGCGACGAACUAUCUUUGAGGCGCGUCGAAACAAAGUUACUCAAUCGCCAAGACGAACGUUGGAACGAAAAAGUGAACCAAAGUCAAGAGAAAGCCAUAUUCGACCAAGUCAAGGCAAUAUUCUACGACGAAGAAGCAUUUUUAUUAAGGACAUCCCAGAUCGAAAGACAAUUAAUAGCCAAGUGCAGCGAAAGUCUCAUCAAACCGCAGUUACUGUAUUGGAUGAAUCCGAUGUCGAAUCGAUUUAUUCAGCUGACUUUUCACCAAAAUCGACUCCAAUCAAUGUACUAUCGAAACUUCGAAGUAGCCGUUUGCAACCAAUUGCCGAUAGCGUUGAUCUCAAACACUAUCAACAAUCAGCGUUCAACACCGGUAGCCAACUAAGCAUAUGCGAUUCAUCGUCAAUUGAAUCGGUUCUUAAUGAACUCGAGAAAUCAACGGCCAGCCUUCAUCUCGGCUUCAACAGCGACGAACUCAAGCAUCAACUACUGAAUCGAUGCAAUCAAAUCGACGUCUUGCCAUUUGAUGAGAUUUAUUCAGCGAGCGUUUUGAAAGAGUGCCGUAAGAUUGGCGAAGGAGUAUUCGGUGAAGUGUUUCUAAAUGAAACAUCGUCCCGAUCAUCUUAUGUGUUGAAAAUCAUACCGAUUGAAGGAAACGAAGAGAUAAAUGGUGCACAACAGAAGCGUUUUGAUGAGAUUUUGCAGGAGGUGAUCAUUUCACAGGAGUUGAGCGCAUUACGUAACGGAAACUUGAAUCGUUCAUCUGGUUUUGUUGAAGUGUUGAAUGUGCGCUUAAUCGAAGGCCGUUAUCCAGCCCAUUUGAUCGAUUUGUGGAACGAUUUCGAUACACUCAGAGUUUCGGAAAACGAUUGUCCGGAUGUUUUUGGCGACGAUCAAUUGUACGUGGUAUUCGAGCUAGCCAACUGUGGCAGCGAUCUUGAGGCGCAUAUAUUCAAAAAUUCGGAACAAUCAUUUUCUGCUUUCAAACAGGUGGCACUUUCAUUGGCCGUAGCCGAAUCGCAAUUUGAAUUCGAACACCGUGAUUUGCAUUGGGGAAAUGUGUUGGUUCAACCAACAGCCGAAAAAUCGUUGACAUUUCAUUUGAAUGGUAGAUCGAUUGAAGUCCGUACGCAUGGUAUAAAGGCCACAAUCAUCGAUUAUACAUUGUCACGUCUUGUGUACAAAACGUGUUGCCUUUAUCAAGAUCUUGCCGCUGAUCCGGAACUAUUUGACACCACUGGUGACUACCAAUUUGAUAUUUACCGUUUGAUGCGCACCCGAAUACAAAACUAUUGGGAAAUUUUCGAUCCAUACACAAACGUAUUGUGGCUGCAUUACAUGGUUGAUAAAUUGAUCGGUGGUGUAAAUUAUACGGCCAAACGAGCAGCCAAACAUCGCCAAUUCAUCGAUGAAUUGAUGAAGUUACGUGAUCAGCUAUUAAACUAUCGAAGCGCCACUGACUACAUUGAAACACAUAAUCAAUAAUAUUACUUUAAAUUAUCACAUUCGAAAAAAUCAUUAUAGAAGACAACAAUAAAAAUAAUCAACCAAAAGAGACAACAUAUAACUUCCGCAAAAGGGCACCAAAAAAUUACGCAGAAGAAGAAGAAGACAUUUUUUAUGUAAUUCCAGAUAAUAAUGAGCUUUCAGUGCGAAGAAAACGUAGAACACCAAGAACACCAAUACGCUCUAAACAAAACCGAACCAUCAACUUCUCAUCAAACCACGAAUAAAAAUAAAGAUGAAUCUGACGUGAGUGAUUAUUCUAUAACCUCGACAACACCAGAAAAUAUUCCACAAGGAAGCAUAAGAAAUUCACCAGAUAAAGUUUCGACAGAAAGCAUUGAAGAACAGAGCUUACGUAGCGAAGCCGAAAAAACAAAAAUAGCUAUAGAUGAAGAAUAUAUUAAUUAUUUGAAAACAAAGAAUAUUGAACUUCAGGAAAUAGACGAAGCAAAAAAUAGACUAAUUUUAAAAGAAAAGAAACUCAUUUCAGAAAAAAAAGAGAAACUUAGAGAUUCAGAUUUACAAAAAAGGAAAAUUAACCAAGAACUAGACAGCAAAAUACUUGAACGCAAACGAAAGAGAAAGACUAUAUAAUAUAAAAUACGUCUGUAAUUGUUUCUUUAGAAAACUUGCAUGAAAUCGAAAUAAUCAUGAUUGCAUCCAAUGUUCGAAAUAAAACUAAAAAAUGGAACUUAUGACACUUUGCGAUGGCUGCAAAUCUCUCCAGGACAUCAGCAAAUGCAUAGCUAAAUUUGUUGUAUAUAUUCAGAUCAAAUUAACAAUAAACACAGAUUUAAAUCGAA